AUGGCCCAGCAAAGUAUGAAAGUGAGGCCUGUGCUUCUGAAGCAUAACAGUCUGGAGUCGGUGGAGCUUGUGAAGCAACCUCACCACCGCAGGAGCAAAUCUCAGCAGGUGCGAUUUAAGGAAGAUGGCACCAGUAAGACUCCACCUGCCCCAGCUGAGGUUGACAUCCAAACUUCUGACGACCCGGCUGUAAUGGGCAAGACUCAGGCCUCCGGGCACCAUCACCUCCCUACCUCCUCACUCCCCUUCCCCAGGUCCCAGAAGGUAGGGGGCUUUCGGCACAUCGCCAUCCAAACCUCCCCCAGUCUCAGGAAGCACUUCCCAGUUUUCAAAAGGAAGAGACUCACAGCUAGCAAGUCCCUGGUGGAAAUGCAGACAGCAUCCCAAAGUGCCAUCCAGGUGAACGGCAAUCUCUCUGAACAGGACAUUGUGUCCUCUGACCUUGCCUACUUAAGGCUGUCUCGGCAUCUUGAAGAUGGGCCUCAAAGGGUCAAGGCGUCCCACCCAGUUCUCCCUAGAAUGUCCAAGGUGCAAAGCAAUGGGCCUGUGAGCAUAUGUUUGGAAGCAGGGACACGGAGGGCCUCAGGGAAAGCAACAGCUGCCAUUCAGGUCCCAGAUGAUAUUUAUCGCAGCCCUACCUGGGCAGGUAGAGAGUCCACUUUCAGCCCAGACAGGUCUGCUGAGAUUAGCAACUCCAUACCCACUUCGGUUGACAUGUGUCCAGGUGAUGGGAGCAGAGUGCCACCGUCAGAUUCAGAAAGACCCCUCUCCUGCUUAAAUGCCACCAGCGGGGCCCACCGCACGCCCGGCACAGGGGAACUUAAACCUGAAAUGCUUCUGCCCAAAGAUAACCCUGACGACAAAGACCUUGGCCCACUGUCAUCUCAGUCAAAGGGAACGUGUGUUCCCUCACAUCCACAGACUCACAGCUCCCCUUCGCCGGGCUCCCACAGCCGGCCAGCCCAGCCGGGGGGAGUUUCAGAUUGUGCUUCAUCGAGUAACAAUCACCAGGAUCUGCAGUCACUCAAAACUAACGGUGAGUCAAAACCUGCCCCUGUGUGUCAGGAGCAGAUGGCAAAGAACCCCUUCCAGUCACACAUCCCAGCGUUUCAAAACUGUCCAGAAAGCGAUCACCUCCCAUCCUCUCUUCCAAGGAGGGAGACCAGACAGCGGGGCACCACGGAGAUGGGUGCGCUUAAUCCAAUCCACCUGGCACGGGGUGAGUUCUGCGACCUCCAGGGCAGGCUGCAAUCCGUGGAGGAAUCUCUGCACUCAAACCAAGAGAAAAUUAAAGUCCUUCUGAAUGUAAUUCAAGACUUGGAGAAAGCUCGAGCUCUCACAGAAGGGCGCAACUUUUACCGAACUGGCCAAGAUCUCAACAACUGCAGUACCUGCCAGAACACAGCGUGCAUCAUAUACAGUGUAGAAUAUGACUUCCGGCAGCAGGAAGGCAGGUUCCAUGAAGUUCUACAGAGUCUGGAGGAAGCAGAGCCAGUUGAGGAGGCAUCACCCCCACCAAAGUCCCCGGCAGAGCCCUCAGUCCCUGAGAAACAGGACUUAAGGCGGAAAACCAAGAAGGUGAAGAAGAAAUGCUUCUGGUGGAUCUGA